CGUCACCCGAGAGUGGCUGCGUAACGGAAUGAAAAUUUGAUUGUGUCAUUUUGGUCAUUUAAUUUCAUUACGCUAAAAGUCUGACGAAGAAAAUUUGAUUUUCUCUGAUGUAGUGUUGUUUUUCGAUUAGUUUCAGUUGAAAAUGAAGUAAACGCUACUGCAGGGUAUUGCACUCGUUACUUCUGACUACCGUUCAAAAGCUGUCCUUUGAAACUGAACCCAGCGAAUAAAUUCAUCGACGUCGUUGGAAGCACACUGGACGGUACCGAAAGGAACCUUCCGAUCGAAUCGGAAGGCGUAGCAGAAGAAAAUGAUCGGCGGACUUUUUGUUUACAAUCAUAAGGGGGAAGUGCUGAUAUCUCGCGUGUACCGUGAUGACAUCGGACGAAACGCGGUCGAUGCGUUCCGGGUGAACGUGAUCCAUGCCCGGCAGCAGGUCCGAUCGCCGGUGACGAACAUCGCCAGAACGAGCUUCUUUCACAUCAAGCGAGCAAAUAUUUGGCUAGCCGCAGUCACAAAGCAAAAUGUGAAUGCUGCUAUGGUGUUUGAGUUUCUGCUGAAGAUAAUCGACGUGAUGCAAUCAUAUUUUGGCAAGAUUUCGGAGGAAAAUAUCAAAAAUAACUUUGUGCUUAUCUACGAACUGUUGGACGAAAUUCUUGAUUUUGGCUAUCCGCAGAACUCGGAUACUGGAGUUUUGAAAACUUUUAUCACCCAGCAGGGUGUAAAGACUGCGACGAAGGAAGAACAGGCGCAGAUUACUUCGCAGGUGACGGGUCAGAUUGGUUGGCGCCGCGAGGGUAUCAAAUAUCGUCGCAACGAACUAUUCCUUGAUGUGCUUGAAUAUGUUAACCUGCUCAUGAGUCCGCAGGGGCAGGUUCUGUCCGCUCACGUAGCUGGCAAGGUGGUGAUGAAGUCAUACCUUUCGGGUAUGCCGGAAUGUAAGUUUGGAAUCAACGACAAAAUAGUUAUGGAAGCCAAGGGGCGUAGUGGCAUUUCAGGCAACGCAGACAACGAGGCUUCACGCUCGGGCAAACCGGUAGUUGUAAUCGACGACUGCCAGUUUCAUCAAUGCGUAAAAUUGAGUAAAUUCGAAACGGAGCACUCGAUUAGCUUCAUCCCUCCGGACGGUGAGUUCGAGCUGAUGCGCUACCGUACGACAAAGGACAUUUCGUUGCCAUUCCGGGUGAUCCCUCUGGUGCGGGAGGUUGGACGCACGAAAAUGGAGGUUAAAGUUGUUCUCAAAUCGAACUUUAAGCCAUCACUGCUAGGGCAGAAGAUAGAGGUAAAGAUUCCAACACCGCUCAACACGUCCGGAGUGCAGUUGAUCUGCUUGAAGGGCAAGGCAAAAUAUAAGGCAUCCGAGAAUGCGAUCGUGUGGAAAAUAAAACGAAUGGCUGGUAUGAAGGAAACGCAACUAUCUGCUGAGAUUGAGCUGCUGGAAACGGAUACGAAGAAAAAAUGGACACGGCCUCCGAUUUCAAUGAACUUUGAGGUUCCGUUCGCGCCAUCUGGCUUUAAGGUGCGCUAUUUGAAGGUGUUUGAGCCUAAACUGAACUACUCCGACCAUGACGUUAUUAAAUGGGUGCGAUACAUCGGGCGCAGCGGACUGUACGAAACACGAUGCUAAGAACAUUUUGCAUCGACUAUCACCUGCUUCACCAACUGACUCGAUAUUCGUGGUAUUCUAGUAAUAUUGAUAGGAACGAAUUGAGAAUGAAUAUAAGACAACUACUAUUACAUUGUUCAAUAAUAACUAUCUAUCAUGGUAUAAGUUUAAACGAAUUUUCAUCGGAAAUCGAAUUUCGUACAACUGUCAUUCGAGGUUACAAAAAUUGAACCGAUAGAUAUACAAACAUUUGCAUUGAUUGUGAGACAAUUUAUUGUGAAAUAUGUAUGCAUAUAAACAAGAAAAUAUUGGACCCAUAGUUAUCUAAUAUCUUUAUAAAAACGAAAAGCUCCUUAUUCCUGUUUUAGGACUGUAUUACAAGAAUUUAAAAAAAAUAUAUUAAUACAUUUAGCUCCACCCAAAAAGAAACCGAAUAAAUGUAGAUCAUUAGGAAUUAUUGGAUAAAUGAUGCUAUUCUAGAGUAUUUGCAAAUAUCAUUAAACUGUACGCUAGCGAAUAGCAAAUGAAUGCUUUCCAUUUUCACUAUGUUACAGCUUGUCCGAUUUGUCAAAUAGUUCAGAAUCUCAAAUACGCAAAAAAGUUUAUUUUGUCCAACUUGUUACUACUGUGUCUUGAUCUGUAUAUAUAAAGAGCAUGAUUUACCCAUCAGGCAUUGACUAUUGUUUCACACACACUAUCCAUUCCAUUUACUUUUUUGCCUUUCAUCCGCUCAACUGUUGGUUCCUAACCAGCGAAUUAUAGAAAAAAUUAAAUACAAUAAGAAAUAAUGGCGAAUCGAAACAUGAAAUUGUACAAAAAGAAAUAAAAAGCAACGUGCAGUAGCGCAAAUAGCCGUAUCGCUGUAACCGUGAGCCAUAUAUACUCUUUUCAAGCGCUGCCAACGCUGCGUUAUCCUCGAACAAAAAAAUGUGCUGAUAGUAACUGUAUGUCAAAACUUCAACUAAAUCAAGUGUAAUAUUGCUGUUAAGUUUUACACCAGCCGACACAAUCGAAGCAACUAGUAAAUAAAAGCUGGAAAACAAAAACUCACAAUCAUUCGAAACAAAUGUGAAGAAAUAAAAAAAGAUCAAACGUGAACGACGGCCGUGAACCAUAAUAUCAACAGCUGCAGAUUUUAGAUUGGAUUAUCACCUUACGUUUACAUAGUAAUCUAAAUUCACGUAGAAAACGAUGCAAAGUUAAGCCAAAUGUAACGUUUUUUCUAAUGCAUGGGAUACACCUGGGCGUCGUCGAUUUAUUCGCUCUUAUUCGAAACAGCACUAUUUUGGCCCAUUCGUUCUGCUGCGUGCGAGUGCAUAUUGCCGUUCGAAAAAAGAAAAAAAAAACAUCCCUAAGCAGAGGGAAUCGCAACAUGGGAUGCUGUACAUCCUCAUAUAUGAUGCUAUUGAAUAAUUAUGCUAUGGAUCUAUUAAAUUAUCAGACAAAAAACGACAUACGAUGGAAUAAAUUGAUGAACAUAGUUGUUGAA